AUGGCAUUUCAUUCUUCAUGGAUGAGAAAUAAGUUUAUUAGAAUAACGAGAUCAACUAUUAGUUGCAAGGUUGCAGAUAUACCGCAAGAAGUCCAAUUUGCGAUAUACCUUUCCAACGUAACGUUGGAAAAUGAAUUACCUGCUUUUGGAUGA